AUGUUCCUUGAAUCAACGACCUACAACACCCAAAUCGAGCCCAUUUCACCGAAACUCGAGUUCAGCCGACCCUACGAGGCGCGUUGCCACGUCGAACCGACACCUCCGGAGCCCCUUAGGUAUACCUGGUACUUCAGGGACCGCAUUGUGGGCGAGAGUGAGCGCCUCUUCAUCGAUCGAUUCGAUCGCAACACGGCUGGCGAGUACAUCUGCGCGGUGCGGCCAGCCCACGGCGACAUCUACCGCCACUCCUACGCCAACGCCACGCUGGGUCUGCGUCUGCGGGCCAGCAGGGAGGAACACACAGAGAUGCGCACGCCCCCCGGAGCCACGCUGAUAACCAAUGUUGGGGAGCGACGUGAGCUUCACUGCGAGAUCCCGCACAACGAUCGCGGUGGAGUCCGGUGGUACCUGAACGGCACCCUCGUCAGUCCCAUCUCACCGGCCAACCGGACUGGAAACCUCCAACUCAUCAACUACGUCCGAGUGAGCAUCAUGGCCCUCAACGGUGUUGAGGAGUUCCAGGAGGGGACCUGGGAGUGCCGAACCGACACCGAGACCAAGACUGUCGAUGUCAUUGUAGUUUCUGACUACGCCCUCGAGGUGAAUCCGCCGCAUUACGUGUUGAAUGAAGGCGAGGACAUGGAGAUCCACUGCAGCGCCCAAGGCGGACACGAGGUGCCCAACACCGAUUUGGAAUGGUUCUUCCGACCAGUCGGCUCGAAUGUGAUGCAUCCAAUCGAUUUCCGAACCGGUGGGUUCGUGCGGACAGACGAUCCCCGCGCCAAGUACACCAGCGUCAUCACCAAGUUCCACGUCACGGUAUUCGACGAGGGCGAGUACAUUUGUCGGGAGCCUCGCGGACAAACCGGCAUUAGCACCCUGCAAAUCAAACGAGCAAUGACCCACACCCUGCACAUUACCCCGGGCACCGUGAAGGUCCGGCCAGGCCAGGACGUCAGCAUUCUCUGCUACUCCAUGCAAAUGGACCGUCGAACACGUGGUCCACGUCCGAGACUCCGGGCUUUCGACAGCAGGCUCGCACUCUACAUUACUGACUCCGAAAACAACGCCGUCAGCGGCAGAAUCAGCCGUAUUGACCCCUCAUUCAACGGAACCAUCAUUGAGUGCUACUCCGAGACGCCCAACGUGGACCCUGUCCGCAUCAUCAUCAACGUGGAGGACGUCUGUCCGCCUGGCUAUCGUCGUUGCCGCAACGGUGAAUGCCUCGAAGCUGGACGAUUCUGCGACGGUAGACGCGACUGUCUAGACGGCAGUGACGAGGAUCCUGCUCUAUGCUGUGAGAAUUUGGGCCAGUAUAUAACCAUAGCCCCACAAAUGGGUUCUUAUCCGUUUUACAAUCUGUCGUCCAAUAAGUCCGUCUGCGACCCGAUCGUGAUGAGGUGCGACACCUACCGCGGUGUUCAACCCCGCAAACAGACCUACAUGGUACACUGGCAGUGCGACGGUGAAGACGAUUGUGGAAACGGCUACGACGAAGCCAACUGCCAAGACCCAGCUAUCAACUUCUGCGUGAAACAGCAAUACACCUGUCCCAGUUCUCUGAUUCCCAUUCCUCGUGCUUUCAUGUGUGAUUCCGAUGCUGACUGUGAUCGCAAUGAGGACGAAGAAGGAUGCAGAGAGCCACAAAUUCUCGACCAGCCGAGACCGCAGUAUGCUCAUCGCCGUGGUGAAACUGUCACCCUGACCUGUGAGGUCAGUGGCCGACCCAAUCCGAGGGUCAUUUGGCGUUUCAACUGGGGAUGCCUGCCCGACGAGGGUCGUCGUAUGACGGUGCGCAACUACGCGGAGAACUGUGGAAGUCCAAACGAGAAGACCAUCUCCACGCUGACCAUCAGCAACUUUCAGCCAGGCGAUGACGGCAUUUACAACUGCGAGGGUCUCAACGGACUCAAGCGGGCCAUGUCACGUGACUACACUGUUAUUCUCACCGGCUAG